AUGGGGAAUGGAGCUACUGCUCUAACGGGUGAUAUUGAAACUAAAGCGAGGGGUAAAAGAGCAACAAAAAUAAGAAGAACUGAUGAAGAACUUCAACAUGACAUAUUAAAGUAUAAAGAACUCUUAAUGAGAGAUCAAGGCUUGGAAUUGGAUAUUCCACCUAAACGAGCUAAAUCAAACGAAAAGGAGCAAGAGAUAAAGACAUUUAAUAAUAGACAAAGUUCAAGAUCUUCAAGAUAUAGGAAUAGAAGGUUUGCACUUGAAGAUAGUACAGUCAGAGAAUCUUCAAUACGUUCUCAGAAUAAGAUUAAUGAAGCUGCUAAAGGAUAUGAAAAGUUAAAGCCAAAGUAUUUCAACCAGCGCCAGAAAAAACUUCCAAGAUACGAAUCAUCAUACAACCAGGAUAAAAUCUCUCCACCUUCGUUGACUGACAUCAAUAAUUUUAGGAAGUUUGAAGACAAGGUCCUUUUAAGCCAUUCGUAUCAGGAUUUAAUAAAACUUCUCAAAUCUGAAAUAAAUAUUCAAAAGGUAGAUGAUAAUGAAAAGGAAGAAAGUGAAGCAAUUGACAUACCUUUGCUGUGGAACUUCUUUCCUAAAAAUAUUGAUGCUGAGAAGAAGCGGUUCGAUAUUUCAGAUCCUUAUUCCUUUGAUUUUCAAUAUUUAAACUUAUCAUCUACAAAUUUGUUCUGCAGUGAAGACAUAGAUGUAUUUUUUCAAAAACUUAAUGAUAAUUCAAAUUUCGAUCAAUUUAAUGAAGUCGAUUUAGAGCUUGAUGCAGAAUCUUCAAUAAGAAAAAAUUUAAAGAAAACUAUUCCAUUAGCAUAA